AGGAGGCAGAAUAGGCAGAGAAAUAGCACAACAAGCCCCGUCAACCUUGAGCUGGCUCCCCAAAACUGACUUCUGUUGGGAUCGAACUCAGACCACAAGCAGAGCUUGGACUGUGGUGCGGCUGCUUACCAUACUAUGAGGCUCUUCUCAUUUUAUGUGUAUGAUCUCUGGCAGGCAGAAUGUCUGAGGGCCAAAGCAGGAGGCGAGUUGGUGUUGUGGGCUUCGGACAUUUGGGUCAGUAUCUUGUGCAACGACUCCGGGAUGAUGGUCUUCGACAUGGCUUGGAGCUGGCCUUUGUUUGGAAUCGAGACGCCAGUAAAUUGAAGGGGACGGUGCCAGCGGAGCUGCAGUUGGGGAAGCUGAGUGAUUUCUCGGAGCGCCAUGCUGACAUCAUUAUCGAAGUGGCUCAUCCCUGCAUCGCCCAGGUUCAUGGGGAGUCCUUUCUCAGAGCUGCAGAUUUCAUGGUGGGGUCUCCAACAGCCUUGGCAGAUGUAGGGACGGAGCGGAAAUUGCGGGAAGUUGCACGGCAGUCUGGACACACCCUCUAUAUCCCCAGCGGAGCUCUGUGGGGUGGGCAAGAUAUCCAGAGGAUGGAUGAAGGAGGAAUGCUUCAGGCACUGACGGUCACCAUGACGAAACACCCUGACAGCUUCCGCCUGGGUGGGCACCUGGGAGAGCUUUUACAGUGUGCCCGGCAGGAGCGCACAAUGCUGUACGAAGGCCCUGUACGAGGACUGUGUCCCCUAGCCCCGAACAACGUCAACACCAUGGCAGCGGCCUGCAUGGCUGCCCCUAGUCUGGGCUUUGAUGGUGUCAAAGGGUGCCUUGUUGCUGACCCCAACCUUCCAGACUACCAUGUGGUGGAGACGGAGGCAACCGGGCCAGGCGGCUUCUCUGUCCACACCAGGCGCAAGAACCCAGCUGCUUACAGGGCUGUCACAGGGGCAGCCACCUUUGCUGCUUUCUGGAGUAGCCUAUUGGUAUGCCGAGGCCAUGGAGGACAGGUCUACCUCUGCUGAGACUUGGUGCAUCCAUCUCAAGAAGAUCCAAAGAAGACACCUGUUGGUGCUAGAGAUGGAGUUAUGUGGGGAUGGGGUGAAAGGAGUGAAGGAAAUACCAUCUCUUCCCCAUUUUUUUGCUAUUAUCCUUCAAUCCAUCAAUGCGUGGAGUGGUGGUUAAAAGUAGUGGAUUCUAAUCUGGAGAACCAGGUUUGACUCCGCACUCCUCCACACGA